AUGGGCUGGGGGAGCCGCUGCUGCUGCCCGGGACGGCUGGACCUGCUCUGCAUACUGGCGCUCCUUGGGGGCUGCCUGCUCCCCGUGUGCCGGACGCGCGUCUACACCAACCACUGGGCAGUCAAAAUCGCCGGCGGCUUCCCGGAGGCCAACCGCAUAGCCAGCAAGUACGGAUUCAUCAACAUAGGACAGAUCGGGGCCUUGAAGGAUUACUACCACUUCCAUCACAGCAGGACGAUUAAAAGGUCAGUUCUCUCAAGCAGAGGAGCCCACAGUUUCAUUUCAAUGGAACCAAAGGUGGAGUGGAUCCAACAGCAAGUGGUAAAAAAACGGACCAAGAGGGAUUAUGACUUCAGCCGCACCCAGUCCACUUACUUCAAUGAUCCCAAGUGGCCAAGCAUGUGGUAUAUGCACUGCAGUGACAACACACAUCCCUGCCAGUCAGACAUGAACAUUGAAGGAGCCUGGAAGAGAGGCUACACGGGCAAGAACAUCGUGGUCACUAUCCUGGACGAUGGCAUUGAGAGGACCCAUCCGGAUCUGAUGCAAAACUAUGAUGCUCUGGCAAGCUAUGAUGUGAAUGGGAAUGACCUAGACCCCAUGCCCCGCUACGACGCAAGCAACGAGAACAAGCACGGGACCCGCUGCGCUGGAGAGGUGGCCGCCGCAGCAAACAACUCUCACUGUACAGUGGGCAUUGCUUUCAACGCCAAGAUCGGAGGAGUCCGAAUGCUGGAUGGAGAUGUCACGGAUAUGGUUGAAGCAAAAUCAGUGAGCUUCAAUCCCCAGCAUGUGCAUAUAUACAGUGCAAGCUGGGGUCCAGAUGAUGAUGGCAAGACUGUGGAUGGGCCAGCGCCACUCACCCGGCAAGCCUUCGAAAACGGUGUUCGAAUGGGGCGGAGAGGCCUCGGCUCAGUUUUUGUCUGGGCGUCAGGAAAUGGUGGAAGGAGCAAAGACCACUGCUCCUGUGAUGGCUACACCAACAGCAUCUAUACCAUCUCCAUCAGCAGCACAGCCGAAAGUGGAAAGAAGCCUUGGUACCUGGAAGAGUGUUCAUCCACGCUGGCCACAACCUACAGCAGUGGAGAGUCCUAUGAUAAGAAAAUAAUCACUACGGAUCUGAGGCAGCGUUGCACGGACAACCACACAGGGACAUCAGCCUCAGCCCCCAUGGCUGCGGGCAUCAUCGCACUGGCCCUGGAAGCCAAUCCGUUUCUGACCUGGAGAGACGUGCAGCAUGUUAUUGUCAGGACUUCCCGUGCAGGACAUUUGAACGCUAAUGACUGGAAAACCAAUGCUGCUGGUUUUAAGGUGAGCCAUCUCUAUGGAUUUGGGCUGAUGGAUGCAGAAGCCAUGGUGAUGGAGGCGGAGAAGUGGACCACUGUUCCCCAGCAGCACGUGUGUGUGGAGAGCACAGACCGACAAAUCAAGACGAUCCGCCCCAACAGUGCAGUGCGCUCCAUCUACAAAGCUUCGGGCUGCUCCGACAACCCCAACCAUCACGUCAGCUACCUAGAGCACGUGGUCGUGCGCAUCACCAUCACCCACCCCAGGAGGGGAGACCUGGCCAUCUACCUGACCUCGCCCUCAGGAACCAGGUCCCAGCUUUUGGCCAACAGGCUUUUUGAUCAUUCCAUGGAAGGAUUUAAAAAUUGGGAGUUCAUGACCAUUCAUUGCUGGGGAGAACGAGCUGCCGGUGACUGGAUCCUAGAAGUUUAUGACACUCCCUCUCAGCUGAGGAACUUCAAGACUCCAGGUAAAUUGAAAGAAUGGUCUCUGGUCCUCUAUGGCACCUCUGUGCAGCCAUACUCCCCCACCAAUGAGUUUCCUAAAGUGGAGCGUGUCCGGUACAGCCGAGUGGAAGACCCCACCGACGACUAUGGGAUGGAGGAUUAUGCAGGUCCCUGUGACCCUGAGUGCAGUGAGGUGGGCUGUGAUGGGCCAGGACCCGACCACUGCAAUGACUGUUUGCACUACUACUACAAGCUGAAAAAUAACACCAGAAUCUGUGUCUCCAGCUGCCCUCCUGGCCACUACCAUGCUGACAAGAAGCGAUGCAGAAAGUGUGCCCCCAACUGCGAGUCCUGCUUCGGAAGCCACGGGGACCAGUGCCUGUCCUGUAAAUAUGGAUACUUCCUGAAUGAAGAAACCAACAGCUGUGUCACUCACUGCCCUGAUGGAUCAUAUCAAGACACCAAGAAAAGUCUUUGCCGGAAGUGCAAUGAAAACUGCAAGACAUGUACUGAAUCUGACAACUGUACAGAAUGCAGGGAGGGGUUAAGCCUGCAGGGGUCCCGGUGCGCCGUCACCUGUGAGGAUGGAUGGUACUUCAAUGGCCAAGACUGCCAGCCCUGCCACCGCUUCUGCGCCACCUGUACUGGCGCGGGCGCUGACGGGUGUAUUAACUGCACAGGGGGCUACUUCAUGGAGGAGCGGAGGUGCGUGCACAGCUGUAGUAUCAGCUACUACUCUGACCACGCUUCAGAAAAUGGAUACAAAUCCUGCAAAAAAUGUGACGCCAGCUGUUUGACAUGCAAUGGUCCAGGGAUCAAGAACUGUACAAGCUGUCCCAGUGGGUAUCUCUUAGACUUAGGAAUGUGUCAGAUGGGGGCCAUCUGCAAAGACGGAGAAUACGUCAAUGAGCACGGCCACUGCCAGAUCUGCGAAGCCUCGUGUGCCCAGUGCCGAGGACCAACCCAGGAAGACUGCACAGGCUGCCCUCUCACAAGGAUUUUUGAUGAUGGCCGCUGUGUUUUCAACUGUUCCUUGGGAAAAUUUGAAUUCAGGAACCAGUGUCAUCCAUGUCACUUCACCUGCCAAGAAUGCCAAGGAGAUGGGCCUUCCAACUGCACCUCCUGUGGAGUAGAUAAGCGUGGCCGAGAGCGGUUCCUGUACCGGGAGGAGUGUCGAGAGAGCUGCCCCCCAGGCUACUACCCUGAUGAGGGCCACAUCUGCCAGCCCUGCCCAGACAACUGUGAGCUCUGUCACAGCACACGCGUCUGCACACGAUGUGUGCGCGGCUACUUCGUGAUGCCCUCCAAUCACAGCUGCCAGAAGUUAGAAUGUGGACAAGGUGAAAUCCAAGACCCAGACUAUGAAGAAUGUGUGUCUUGUGAAGAAGGGUGUCUGGGAUGCAGCUUAGAUGAUCCAGGAACCUGCACAUCAUGCACUACAGGGUACUACAUGUUCAAACACCACUGUUAUAAAACCUGUCCUGAGAAGACCUACAGGGAAGAAUCUGAAUGCAAAGCGUGUGAUACCAACUGUGGCAACUGUGACCACAAUGAGUGUUACUGGUGUGAAGAGGGCUUCUUCCUCUUGGGGGGCAGCUGCGUGAGGAACUGUGGCCCCGGCUUCUACGGUGACCCAGAGAUGGGAGUCUGUGAGCCCUGCCACCAAGCCUGCGAAACCUGCACCGGCCUUGGCCACGACCAAUGCAGCAGCUGCCGAGAAGGCCUGCAGCUGCUGCGGGGGACAUGUGUGCGUCACGCCCACACCCAGGAGGAAGGCAGCUUCUGGAAUGACCUUUUGAGAAGACACCAGUCAUGUCAUUCUUCCUGUAAAACCUGCCAUGGAUCGGCAACCCUAUGCACUUCAUGUCCAAAAGGCACCUAUCUGCUGGCUCAGACCUGCGUCCCAUCCUGUCCCCAAGGCAUGUGGCCCUCGGCGAGGAGCGGCAGCUGCGAGAACUGCACAGAAGACUGUGCCUCUUGCUCCGAAGUCAAUCUUUGCCAAAAGUGCCAAACGCGGCCAGACCACCCCCUCUUCCUCCACCAAGGCAGGUGCUUCACCAGGUGCCCUGAGGGCUUCUAUGCAGAUGACGAUACUUGUGAGCGCUGCAGCUCUUCCUGCAGAACUUGUGAAGGAAAUGCCACCAGCUGUCAGUCCUGCGAAGGAGGCCUUGUCCUGGACCAGGGGGUGUGCCGGGAAACCUGCCCCGAGAGGCACGUGGCCAUGGACGGGGUGUGCAAGCACUGCCCAGAGAUGUGUCAGGACUGCAUCCAUGAGAAAACAUGCAAAGAGUGCAUGCCCGAGUUCUUCCUGUAUAAGGAUGCAUGCCACCAGUCCUGUCCCAGCCACUUCUAUGCAGACAGGCGCCACUGUGUUCCCUGCCAUGAAGACUGUCUGGAGUGCAGUGGCCCCUCGGCGGAUGACUGCGACCUCUGUGCCGACACGUCCUUGGUUCUCUACGAUGGGCAGUGUUUAGAUGAGUGUCCAGAACGAACUUACCUUGAAAAAGAGACUCAGGUCUGCAAAGACUGUCACAAGUCCUGCCGCACCUGCUCGUCCUCGGGGGCCUGCACGACGUGUCAGGAAGGCCUGAGGGUGAACAACCAUGGGGGCUGUGUGCCUCACACGGAAUGCGCCGCCGUGGAGUACUGGGACAAGGAGGCACUAGUAUGCAAGGCCUGUCACGCCAAGUGCCUCCACUGCACGGGGCCCGCGGAGAACCAGUGUCAGACCUGUCUGCGGGACAGCCUUCUGCUCAACACAACCUGCGUGCAGGACUGCCCCGAAGGCUACUACGCUGAUGAAGACAGCCACCGGUGUGCCCCCUGCCACAGCUCUUGCAGGACAUGUGAAGGAAGACACAGCAUGCAAUGCCUCUCCUGCCUGCCAGGCUGGUUCCAACUGGGACAGGAGUGCCUGACCCAGUGCAGAGAAGGAUAUUAUGCAGAAAACUCCACAGGACAGUGCAAGAGGUGCAGCAGGAGCUGCAAGGCCUGCCAGGGCCCGCAGCCCACAGACUGCCUGUCCUGCGAUCCAUUCUUCUUUCUGCUCCGCUCCAAAGGACAGUGUCACCGCACCUGUCCAGAGCAUCACUACGUGGAGCAAAGCACCCAGACCUGCGAGAGAUGCCACCCGACCUGUGAUAAAUGCAAAGGGAAAGGAGCAUUGAACUGCUUGUCCUGUGUGUGGAGCUACCACCUCGUGGGAGGACUGUGUACCUCGGACUGUCUUGUGGGGGAGUUCAGAGUGGGAGAGGGGGAGAAAUUUAACUGUGAAAAGUGCCACGAGAGCUGCAUAGAAUGCAAGGGUCCCGGCAGCAGGAACUGCACCGUGUGCCCUGCCGGCCUGGUGCUGCACAUGGACGACAGCCGCUGCCUGCGUUGCUGCAAUGCCUCCGGUCCCACCAGUGCCCAGGAGUGCUGUGACUGCCACAAUACCCAAGAUGAGUGUAUCCUUCAAGCACGUGAGGUUGAGCCGGCAGGUCAGCGUUCCAAGACAGCCCUGUUGAUGACUUCCUCCACCAUGCUGGUGCUUCUGCUCGGGGCAGCUGUGAUUGUCUGGAGGAAAUCUCGGGGCAGAGCCAAGUCAACAGAAAAAGGCGGCUAUGCAAAGCUGGCUGAACCUAGCGUGUCUUACUCCUCCUAUAAGAGCAGCCAUCGUGAGAGCUUUGAAGAGGAUCAAGUGAUUGAGUACAGAGACCGGGAGUAUGAUGAGGAUGACGAUGACGACAUUGUCUACAUGGGCCAAGAUGGCACUGUCUACCGGAAAUUUAGGUAUGGGCUACUGGAUGGCGACAAUGAAGAUGACCUGGAAUACGAUGAUGAGAGCUACUCCUACCAGUAA